AUGAAGAAUGUAUUUUCUAGGGACUACUCAGUUAUAUACGAAGAUGGGAUAUCCAUACUGCGGAUCAACAGAGUCUCGGAGAAUGAUAACGCAGUGUUCAGUUGUACUGCGUCGAACUUGUUUGGAAGCGCCAGAACCGCAUGCAGAGUUGUUGUUGAAGAGAAGGAAAUCAGGAUCGCAACACUGGACAUAAGCUGCCGAAAGGAGGAACAAAUAACGUCGGUGGGAAGUGUUUUGGAGGAGCAUGCCGUGGUUGAGGGAUCACCCAGUUCGGUCUCAUCCGAGGAGUCAGUUUCCGCUCAGUUCAAGCCGCCUCAGUUCACACUAUCGCUCACUGAUGUGACGAUACAGGAGGGCGAAGAACUGGAGCUGAAAUGCAUUGUUACUGGUAACCCGACGCCGUUAAUACGCUGGACGCAUAAUGGGCUUGAGAUUCUGCCUGACGACAGGAGCAUUUUUACUGUUCAUGAAGACGGCACUCUGGUACUGAAAAUAACCGAGGGCAUCAAAGAGGGACUGUAUAUCUGCGAAGCAACAAACGGCAUUGGAAGCGCAAAAACACAGUGUUUCGUUCGCAUAAAUCGCCCUGAAAUUUCAUUAGAUAAGGAGUUCAAAAAAGCCAGCAAAAUUGCAGCGGCUGACGCAAUGGUGCUAUCGUAUCCCACAUCGAAUUUGUACGUAACUGUUGACGUAAAAACGAGAGAAAGCAAAGUGCUAACGGCUGAACAACAGUGGCGGAGUCCAUUACGUAUGGAAACAAUUCGGGAAGACAUAGAGAAAGAAGAAGAGACAGCCACUGAACAAAAUAUUCAAGCUGGCACCUUGAACUAUAUUAUUGAAGCAGAAGCGCUUACAAUAACGGUACUAACUUAUAAACUUACGGCACGUGUAAGUUCGUCUGCAGUGCCAGAGACUGUAAAGAAAGAUGAAACGUUACUGAAAAUUAUAAUCGAAGAAGAUAUUGUCCGUAUUCGUUACUAUUUACGUGUGGUUCAGCGAAGCGCACGAGAAUUAUGGACGUUUGGUGGCGGAAUCAUGAAACGGCCUCCACACUGGAGCCGCGAAACGACCCACGAAGUAGUUGCAUUUGAAAGAAUAUUUCCGCCCGAUGAAAUGCACGAAUUUUUAGAAGAUAAAGAUAUAAUUGAGCGUUACAUAAAGCUCGUCGAAGCAGCCGAGAGGUCCAGAAGCCACGAGGAGCGAGAAACGCGAUUUACGCUUCGACAAAUUGGAAGCGCUGCGGAGCGCCCGGAAAAAGGACAGCUAGAAAUACGCGAGCACAUUCCUGGCUUUGUUGAUAAGGCCGGGUCCUCUAAAGCAAUCACCGUGCAGUGCACAGCCAACGAAAUGCGUGGAGCGACGGAAGCAUACAUUAUCCUAAUAACGCGCUACCGAUACAUGGCGGCGUACGAUGUUCAUCAACGUGAGCCACGUCGAAUGAUCACCGGCGAAGCACGGCAGUUCGAAGCUCUCACUGAGGACUUCACUAGACGUCAGAAAUAUUUCAGUUAUUCUACUCUUCGUCCCCCGCACUUUGUCUGGACAUUUCGCCUUUUUGACGAUGGUUGCAAAAUGGGCCUACAGUGCAUCGUUUAUGGCUUGCCUUCGCCUUGUAUUCGAAUUCUGCAUAACGGACGUGCAAUUUUGCCAGAUGAUAGGUCAGUGAGCAAAAAAAUUCGGCUAUUUUGGAUAAAUAUUUGCGUAACCAUAGAAUUUCUUCUUAAAAGCUCGAGCCCUAAGAACAUUUUUCUUUUAUACUUGCUCAUUUCAAUACGAGAAUGGUAG